AGAGCGAUGGGAUUUCUCAGGCAGCUCGGUCUCCUGCUCUGGAAGAACAUCACAUACCGCAGGAGAAACAAGAUCCAGCUGAUCAUCGAGCUCCUCUGGCCGCUCUUCCUCUUUGUCAUCCUCAUCUCUGUUCGUCAUUCUCACCCUCCUUACAAACAGAGCCAAUGUCACUUUCCAAACAAAGCCUUGCCAUCAGCAGGCACCUUGCCCUGGAUUCAGGGCAUUAUCUGCAACAUCAACAAUCCGUGCUUCCACAGCCCGACACCGGGGGAGACACCGGGCCAAGUUGGCAACUUUGACAACUCCAUAAUUUCUCGUCUCUUCGUGGACGCCCAGUCGGUUCUGUCCUACAGUGGAAACCGGAGCUUCUCUGGCUUUCAGGAUCUGAUGGCGAGCGUUUGGAGGCUGGGAGAGAGACCUGGAGCCUGGCCAAAUCUCCCAGUAGAAGAAUACCUGAGACCCAAUGAGACGUUCUCCACCUUCCUGUUGACCAAUGGCAGCCUGUCGCCUGCGACUGUGGACCAGCUGAUGAAAGCUCGUCUCAAUCUUCAGGUUGCUGUGGUUGGAGGUCAGACCCAGCUGAAGGACUUGGUGUGUGACGCAGACAUGUUAGGACUGUUUCUGACGACGGACAGAGGAGAAGCAAGCAUGACGGACCUGCAGACUCAGCUGUGUGACCUGCCAGCUGACAUCCUGCAGGAGGCUGAGCGCCGCUUUAUCUCUCAGCUCGACUUUACCAAGUUCUUCACGAGAGACCGUCUGAUGGCCAACGCUGGCGACCUCAGGGUCAUCAGCCAAGCUGUCACCUCAGCUUCUCAGGAGCUGGCUGUCCUCGUGGAUGAUUUCUCCUCUCUCUCCAGCUUUACGGAAAUGAGCACCGCACUCCGUCUUCUGUCUCCGGAGAAUCGGACCACGCUGCCCAGGGAAAGUUUCCGGGCUUUUUCAAGUAUCAUGUGUGGUCACCCUGAGGUUGGCGGCGAGCAAAUCCCAUCACUCAAUUGGUAUGAAGACAAUGACAUCAAGUCCUUCUUGGGCAAAAAUGGCACUGAGGACACCAACCUGGACCAGUACAACACCACCACUCCAUUCUGUAAAAGUCUGAUCCAGGGUCUGGAGUCCAACCCUCUGUCUCGCAUUGUGUGGCGAGGAAUCAAACCUCUGUUCAUCGGAAAACUGCUGUACACACCAGACACUCCUGAAGUACAACAAGUCAUGAAGGAGGUGAACAAGACUUUCGAGGACCUGCAGAUCCUCCAGGAGCUGAACGAAGCCUGGAUUGAAGUGGGACCACAAAUCAAGAAUUACAUGGAGAGCAGUGUGGAGAUUCAGCUUCUGCAGGAUUUGUUAAAGCGGCCUGAGGUCGCAGUGCUGGUCAACAUGCGCCUGGAGAACACAUCCUGGACAGCCUCACGGAUCACACGUUUCCUGUCCACACCCUCGCCAGACACCCCUCGGAGGCCUGGAGCACCUCCCACCUGGCUGGACAUCUACAACGACGUCAGCCACACCAUUACCAUGCUUGCACAAGUCACAGAGUGUUUCUCCCUGAACAAAUUGGAGGGGUUUGAGACUGAAGGUCAGUUGGUCGACAGGGCGCUGGAGCUACUGGAGGAGAGGGAGUUUUGGGCAGGUGUGGUUUUCAUGCUUCCCAACUCCUCGUCUCCUAAGCUGCCGUCUCACAUCACCUACAAGAUCCGAAUGGAUAUUGAUGAUGUUACCCGCACCAAUAAAAUUAAGGACAGGUUUUGGGAUCCUGGUCCAGCAGCAGACCCGUUCAACGACAUGCGCUACAUUUGGGGCGGCUUUGUGUAUGUCCAGGACCUGGUGGAAAGAGCUGUGACCCGCAUCCUGAGCGGAGUUAAACAAACAACUGGCAUCUACAUCCAGCAGAUGCCAUACCCCUGCUAUGUGGAUGAUGUUUUCCUCCGAGUGCUGAACCGCUCUUUGCCGCUUUUUAUGACACUGGCCUGGAUCUACUCAGUGGCCAUGAUCAUCAAGGGCGUGGUGUACGAGAAGGAGGCAAGGCUGAAGGAAACCAUGAGGAUUAUGGGUCUGAGUACGGGAACGCUGUGGCUCAGCUGGUUCAUCAGCAGCAUUGUUCCUUUCCUGGGGUCUGCAGCGCUCCUUAUUGCUAUGCUCAAGUGGGGGGACAUCCUGCCAUACAGCGACCCAGCUGUUGUGUUUUUCUUUCUGACGGCAUUUGCCACUGCCACAAUCAUGCAGUGUUUCCUCAUCAGCACCUUCUUCUCCAAGGCCAACCUAGCUGCUGCCUGCGGGGGGGUCAUAUACUUCAGCCUCUACCUGCCCUAUGUAUUGUGUGUGGCCUGGAGAGACCACCUCAAGACCACUCACAGAGUCUUUGCUAGUUUCCUCUCCCCUGUGGCAUUUGGGUUCGGCUGUGAGUACUUCUCUCAGUAUGAGGAACAAGGCGUGGGCAUUCAGUGGUACAACCUGCACUCGAGUCCUGUGGAAGGAGAUUCUUACAGCUUCACUACCUCUAUAGUCAUGCUUUACGUGGAUGCCUUCAUCUACGCUAUCGCAGCCUGGUACAUCGAAGCCGUGUUCCCUGGUGAAUAUGGGAUCCCGAGACCCUGGUACUUCAUCUUCCAGGUUAACUUCUGGAUUGGAGUCCCCCUGGAGGCGGGCAUGCCAAUCCCCCCUGCGCCAACAGAAGAGGAUGAAAAUCACAUUGAACCAGAACCCAGUAAUCUGAUCCUUGGAGUGAACAUAACAGACCUGGUGAAAAUCUACAAGAAGGGAGCCAAGCCGGCCGUCAACCACCUCAACCUGAAGUUCUACGAGGGGCAGAUCACCUCAUUUCUCGGCCACAACGGAGCUGGCAAGACUACGACCAUAUCUGUCCUGACUGGACUGUUUCCACCCACCUGGGGGACGGUGUAUAUCAAGGGGAUGGACAUCCGCUAUCACAUGGACAUCAUCCGGAGGACACUGGGAGUUUGUCCACAGCAUAAUGUCCUGUUCGACAUUCUAACGGUGGAGGAGCACGUGUGGUUUUAUGGGCGUCUGAAAGGUUUGUCUGAAGCAGAGGUGAAGGCUGAGAUGGACACUCUGCUGGACGACGUCGGUCUGCUGCAAAAGCGACAUGAACAGACCAAGAACCUCUCUGGUGGGAUGCAGAGGAAGCUGUCUGUUGCAAUAGCGUUUGUCGGAGGCUCCAAGGUGGUUGUUCUGGAUGAACCUACAGCUGGCGUUGACCCUUACUCCCGGCGAGGGAUCUGGGAUCUGUUGCUCAAAUACCGUAAAGAUCGGACCAUCAUCCUGUCCACUCAUUACAUGGACGAGGCGGAGCUGCUAAGUGACCGUAUUGCCAUCAUUUCUCAGGGGAAGUUGUGCUGCUGUGGCUCGCCACUCUUUCUGAAAACUAAACAGGGAUCUGGCUACGACCUCACUGUGGUCAAGAGAGCUGGACUAGACACCAGCAUGCCCAGCAGUACCAGUAUCAGCACCAGUACCAGUACCAGCACCAACAAGCUGCCUCCUCUUACCAAGGACAGCGAGUCCUCCAUGAGUGAAGACACAGGGCUGGGAAGUGAGGAGAGCAACUCAUACUUGGCAGCUUUGCUCGCCCUGGCGCAGCACCACAUCCCGGAUGCAAAGCUGGUGGAGGAGUCGGGGCGUGAGUUCAUCAACCUGCCACAGACGUCCGCCAAGGACAGCAGCCUGGCUGUCUUCCUGGCCGAACUGGAUCAGAGGCUGAAUGAGCUGGGCCUCAGCAGCUACGGCCUGUCAGACAGCACACUGGAAAAAAUCUUUCUGAAAGUUGCAGAGGAAACCGGUGUGGAUGCUGAACCAGAGCGGCAGGAUGAACCUUCCCCCAGUCAGCAGCAAUCAGGGCAGCGAGUAGAAAGACAACAUGCUGAAGAACCAGAGACAGAACAUGAUGAAACAGACCCGCUAGGCGGAGAUGGCCAAGGCGGGUUACCCCUGACUGGAUGGUGGCUGACCUGGCAGCAGCUGAGAGCUCUCUUCAUCAAACGCUGGCUUUACGCUCGCAGGAGCCGCAGAGGUUUCUUCGCUCAGAUUGUUCUGCCUGCUGUGUUUGUGCUCAUCGCACUGCUCUUCAGUCUCAUCGUACCGCCGUUUGGGAAGUACCCUUCUCUGCAGCUCCAGCCCUGGAUGUAUGGAGAGCAGUAUACCUUCUAUAGCAAUGAUGCCCCUGGAAACCCGGCAAUGGAGAACCUGCUGGAGGCUCUGCUUGACCAGCCAGGUUUUGGUACCAAGUGCAUGGAGAAAGAGGAAAAGGACAACAGCACGAGCCCUCAGUGUGAAAGCGAGCGGAGCAGCUUCUUCAUGCGGCCACAGUUGUCAUACUCCACCUGGCAAAUGUUCAGCAGAGGCAAUUGGAGCAAAGAGAGACCCUCUCCUGACUGUCAAUGCAGCACAGAGGAAAUUCGCCGGAUGCUCCCAGACUGUCCGCGGGGUGCUGGUGGACUUCCGCCUCCACAGAUCAAGAGGCUAACUGGAGACAUCCUCCAAAAUCUGACAAGUUAUAACGUCUCUGAUUAUCUGGUGAAGACCUACUCUCAGAUCCUUAAGAAAAGCCUGAAAACCAAGAAGUGGGUGAAUGAAUUCAGAUAUGGAGGCUUCUCUCUCGGAGGCAGCGCCACCCAGACUUUAUCUCAAGUGCAUCAUGUCGAAGACUCGAUCUUGGCAAUCAGGACUCGUUACCAAGUUCCACAGAAUAGUUCACUGGAUAAUCUCCUAAACAGACUGCCAGGUGUUCUCGAAGGACUAAACAGUCAGAACAAUGUGAAGGUGUGGUACAAUAACAAAGGUUGGCAUGCAAUGGUGUCAUUUGUUAACGUGAUGAACAACGGCCUGCUGAGAGCCAGCCUGCCAUCAGGUUCAGAGAGGAGAAAACACGGCAUCACUGUCUACAACCACCCACUCAACCUUACCAAGGAACAACUCACCGAAAUGGCCAUGGUGGCCACAUCGGUGGAUGUUCUGGUUUCUAUCUGUGUGAUAUUUGCCAUGUCCUUUGUGCCGGCCAGCUUUGUCCUUUUUCUGAUUGAAGAGCGAGCCAGCAAAGCCAAACACCUUCAGUUUGUCAGCGGGGUCAAACCAAUCCUCUACUGGCUGGCCAACUUUACCUGGGACAUGCUGAAUUACACUGUCCCCGCCACCAUGGUGGUGCUGAUCUUCAUCAGUUUCCAACAGCAGUCGUACGUCUCUGAGACCAACCUGCCUGCUCUCAUCCUGCUCCUACUGCUCUAUGGGUGGUCCAUCACUCCUUUGAUGUACCCAGCAUCCUUUGUGUUCUCCGUUCCCAGUACGGCCUAUGUCUUUCUGACCUCCAUCAACCUCUUCAUCGGGAUCAAUGGCAGCAUCGCCACAUUCGUGUUGGAGCUGUUUGUAGACGAGCACUUGAAUGAGGUGAACAGGAUCCUGAAGAAGGUGUUCCUCAUAUUCCCUCAUUUCUGUCUCGGACGAGGACUCAUUGACAUGGCCAAGAACCAGGCCAUGGCAGACGCCUUUCAAAGACUGGGCACCAAACAGACUCUGGACCCUCUUCAGUGGGACUUUGUAGGGAAGAACCUCUUCGCGAUGGCAGCUGAAGGCGUUAUCUUCUUCAUCUUCACCAUACUGCUGCAGUACAAGUUCUUUAUUCGCUACAGGCCGUGGUGGAACGAGCCUGAGAUACCUCCUCUCGGCCCAGAAGAUGAGGACGUGGCAAGGGAGAGAGAGAGGGUCAAAAGUGGCAAGGCCCAAGCUGACAUCCUCACCAUGAUAGAUCUCAGCAAGGUUUACAAAGCAGGAAGGAAGCCAGCAGUCGAUCGUCUCUGUCUGGGGAUUCCUCGUGGCGAGUGUUUUGGCCUGCUGGGGGUGAAUGGAGCAGGGAAAACUUCUACAUUUCGCAUGCUGACAGGAGACACACCCGUCACCUGUGGAGAGGCUUUCCUCAAAGGCUACAGUGUGCUGACAGAGAUGGAGCGAGUCCACCAGCUGAUGGGUUACUGUCCACAGUUUGAUGCCAUCAGUGACCUGCUGACAGGUCGUGAACAUCUGGAGCUUUACGCCCGCCUGCGAGGGGUGCCAGAAGAGUCUGUCAACAAGGUGGCUCAGUGGGGGGUGAAGAAGCUGGGACUCACCCAGUAUGCUGAGCGAGAGGCCGGAGGCUACAGUGGAGGCAACAAGAGGAAACUCUCCACUGCCAUUUCCCUCAUCGGGGCUCCGCCUGUUAUAUUCCUGGACGAGCCCACCACUGGUAUGGAUCCAAAGGCUAAAAGAUUUCUGUGGGAUUGCAUCCUCAGCGUCACCCAAGAGGGAAGAGCUGUAGUUCUCACCUCCCACAGCAUGGAGGAAUGUGAGGCUCUCUGCACCAGAAUGGCCAUCAUGGUCAAUGGCAGGUUCCAGUGUCUUGGAUCUGUACAACACCUGAAGAACAGGUUUGGUGACGGCUACACCAUCAUUCUCCAUCUGGCAGACACCAACACCGACCCAGACUCGUGCCCGAUCGACACCUACAUGAAGACAUCCUUCCCCAGCAUCGAGCUGAAGGAGCGCCACCAGAACGUGCUGCGGUACCAGCUGCCCUCACACGCCUGCUACCUGGCUCGUGCCUUUGAUAUGCUGGCCAAUAACUAUGAGGAGCUGGGCAUCGUUGACUUCUCUGUCUCUCAGACUACUCUAGACCAGGUGUUUGUCAACUUUGCCAAAGAGCAGACUGAUGACGAUCACCUCACAGACGUAGUCAUCAGCAACGGGACAAUACAGACCAAUGUGGCAAGCCUGUGUACCCAGAUCAACCCACCCACCAUCCAAGCACCGCCAUCAAUCACACCCCCUCAGCCCAGUACGACCCCACAGCAGCACAAGAAAUCACCUGACAGGAAACCAAAAGAGGGUACAUCAAAACAAGCUAAAAGUAGUAAAGGCAAGUCUAAAGAAGGCAACAAAGAGAAAAGCAGCGACACGGCGAUGAGCAGAAUACCUCAACCAGUGACGAGCCGGAAGAGUAGCAGUGGCUCAAACAGCAGUUAUAGUGGUGCUCAGGGAGAAACCAGUAAACCCAGUGGGUCCAAACACACAGGAGAGAGCUCCAGCAAGGAUCCUUCUGCACUCUUUAUAAUCGGCACCAACACACAAGACAGCUCGCUGUGAAGUGAACGUGUGCAGCGUGAGCAGAGGAUUCAGGUUGAAAGGACCAACUACAGUUAAAAAG